UAUGUAUAAGUGUUGAAACAGCUAAGAUUGGGAUUGAACAAGGUAGUAGUCCUUGUGAUUCCCUCCCCCCAUGCAAUCUCAAAGCACAACAGAACAGUCCCAUUUCUAGGCCUACUUGACAAGUAAUAUCUACAACUGUUACACCUUAAAUUGGGUUAGACAUUUGAGUAAAUUUAGCUGUGUCUACUCUACUCUACUUGUCACCACUUGUGCUUCCGUGCCACGCAGCAUGAAAAGGGUGAUAUCAAUCAAUUAAUCCCUGUGCAUGUACAAGUUUAAAGUCAAGCUGAUUGGUGGCAUGUAUUGUUAAAUAGGUGAACAAUAUGACCAGGAAUGUGAUCUAAAAUUGGUAAAAAGGCAUUUUUCAUUUCAGAUUUUGUACACAUAUAGAACUUUGUGGAAACAUUAACACCCCUAUCUCUACCAAAUAAACAGUAGCUUACUUAAAAAUUAAAAUUUGCAGCUGUGUGUGUGAUUUGUAUUGUGACUGUCUAGAUGUGACUUAGCAUAUUUUGUGUGUACACCACUCAUAACUUCUGUAUUAAAAAAAUUGUCGUAAAAUAUAGGAUUUGCCACUGAAUUCUAGCAGCUAUAAUUGGAUGGCUGCAUGCUGCACACUCCCCUAUGCUUACACACAAAGAAAGAAUUAAUAAAUAAGGCACAUGUCUAGUUGUUCUACUCACCAUGCUGCCUCCUUUUUGCCGUAGGACCGUUUCAACUUCAUAACAUGAGAGCAAGAGGGGCAUUUCAUCCAUUUUCGAAGUAGGCCUUCUUUCAUUAACCAUCUGGUGAACUUGUAGUUUUCCUUGGGGCACCGUCUAAAAUGUAUUCGACUCAAAAACUCGUAACCCAACAACAUAUUUGUUAAACCUAUACCUAUGGAAUAAUAUUAGAUUCAAAGCUCAUAAUAUUGCCCCGCGCACCCGUCUUCUUUGAUGUCUAAAUGUGUAAACAGUCUCUCAGUCCUGCAUCAAAGAAUGGCGCGAAGUGCCAUUACAGUAAUUGACAUAACAAUCUACCAAUCCGUAUCCGUGUUCCUCCGAUAUGUUGCUCUCAUCCAAUCAUUGACUUUUACUAUGCUGUCAUGUGACAUCCUCAUCCAAUCAUCCAAAGGGAGCCACCAGUCACGUCAAAGAUUCGGAGAAGGUGGGUAUUUGCCGUUUCGUUCACAGUUUGGAGAGUGAAGAGGGAAAUUCGUGUAACAAAAAUGCCUAAGGCCAAGAAGAAAAUGUCCCUAAAAGUCCCUAAAAAUGACUCGAUGACAGAGGUGACCAAAAAUGAUUUGGAUGGUCCUGAAGUUGAAGGAAGCUCUGCUCCAAGUCGCAGCAGCAUAAGCAGCAUUGGAUCAGGAUCAAUCUCCAAAGUGGAGUUCCUAGAAGCAAGGAUCCAAUGGCAAGAAAAAAUAAUAAAGGAUCUUGAGCAAGAGCGCAAUUUCUUGCGUGAGCAAAUCAUGGGAAAGAAGAAAUCAUCUCAACCAAAAGUAUUUACUUUGGAGGACGACGACGAGGAUGACGAUGGUAACAUGGAUGAAGAUGACGUCAUUCCCCCAUCUUCUCCAAACAUCAGUGAGUCCUCGGACAGUGAUGUUGUCAUCCAAAGACGGAAGAAACGUUGGACACAGCCACCUGCAUCUGCAACUGUGGCUGUGCUUGGAAAAGCUCAUGUGAGAGCAAAAGGACCAGCUGAGGUUAUCAGCAGAUAUAAAAAAGUCUUGAAAAGCUUAAGCAAAGUCCGCACCAUGACUGAAGCCUUCAGAAUCAAUGGCGUGGACCGGGGAACCAUCAAGAUGACUGCUGCAAUUGCAGAGCUCAGCAUUGUGGAUCCUGAAACCUUCAAGACCCUGAAGUAUGAUCCUGCAACUGAGACCCUGCAGUCCUUUGCUAAGAGGUGUGCAACCCACAUUACCCCUGAGAAGAAGAGCAUUAUAGAGGACAUGAAGGCCAAAGGCCAACUCCUCCCCUUGUUGAUGAAAUAUUAAAGACUUAAGUGAUCUGCUUUGUUCAGUUAAAGAUCGGUUGUAUUGUAUUGGAAACGUGAAAUAUUAACCUGUGCAGAUUUAGUUAUAUCCUUGUUAGUGCACAGGGGAAAUAAAUCACCUGAUGCAGUAAUUAUAGAGCAAGUUUAGGCUGUGAAAGUGCAAUGUUUGUACAGUUCAGUACAUUUGUUCUAAGCUUUGACAAGUGUAGUUUAGCUGAUGAAGAGCAAGUUCAUGUUGAGCUGUGCAGGUUUUAUAUUUUUUAGAUUGUGCAAUUUAUUGUGUUUUUGUACUUAAUAUUGUGCAGUAUUUUAUAUUGGUUUUUUUUUAAGCAGGCAGAUUUUGGUUAAAGGAUCACACAGAUGUUCAACAAUAGAGUACCUGUAUUAUCAUACAGUAUGACCUGCUUAUACAUUUGAUACCAUAUUGUAUGACAUGUUUAUAAACAUUGAUACUUGUCAGUGUUUGAAUUUUCAGGCAGUAUUUGUUGUCAGCCUUGGGAAAACCUGAACCAGUGGUUUAAUAAAUGAGGUAUUUGUACUUGUGCUGUCUUUGUUAUUCUACCACUGAAUGAGAGGGAACCUAUAGAUAGAUCCAUUUUUUUCAAAGGUGUAACCCAUCGCUUGUUCAUUGCAGUAGUUAUGUGCUAUAAUAUAUUAACUAAGUGUAAAAAGGAGGCAACUUUAGAUUAGGGAACAUGUGUUGGUUAAUAAGUGUUCAAUUACUAGUGAAUUAGUAAUGAUCAAGAUGUCACUUUAGUAUGGGGAACAUAUUCUAAGUAACAAAGACUUAAUUUAGAGUUAUUUGGACACUAUUAACACUUGUAGUUUUGUGUAUUUUUUAUGUAAGAACAGACCAUAUUCAUUAAGUGUUAUUAAGGGAGAAUAACUAUUCUUGUGGUACUACCACCUUAUAAAGUCCAUACUAAGCAAAGCAUAUUAAGAUCAUAAUUCAUAUGCAACA